GAUGGCGGCGGCCGUGCUGCCCAUCCCCCUCACGGCCCUGCGCCCGGCGCCCCACGACCCCCCGGCACCGCAGGACCGGCGGGGGGGGGAGGAUGAGGAGGAGGAGGAGGAAGAGGAGGAUGGGGAGAGUGCGGCCGACCCGGCCCCCGCCAUCACCCCCCGGGUCCCGCCUCCUCUCUGCCCAGCUGAGCGGGAAGGCGCCCCAUUGGAGGACGGCGAGGAGCUCUGCUUCCCGAUUGGCCACACUGCUUGAGGCGGGAGAGGCGUCCAUUGGUGGUGCCUCGUCAGACCAGAUCAUGCGGACCGGGGCGAUCCUGCUGCGUGGGUUCAUCCGGGACCGCGUGGAGCGCUGCGGGGACGCUCAGGCGGUGGCCCUGAGCCAGGCGGAGCUGGGGGGCCCGCAGCCCAGCAGCCCCGACACCAAACGCCUCAGCGAGUGCCUGCGCCGCAUCGGGGACGAGCUCGACAGCAACACGGAGCUGCAGAGGAUGAUCGAGCAAGUGGGGUGCCAUGCCCCCAAGGAGCUCUUCUUCCGCGUGGCUGCGGAGAUGUUUGCCGAUGGCACCUUCAACUGGGGACGGGUCGUUGCCCUCUUCUACUUCGCCUGCAAACUGGUGCUGAAGGCGCUCUGCACCAAGGUCCCGGAGCUGGUUCGGACCAUCCUGAGCUGGACCAUGGAGUACAUGCGGGAGCACGUCCUGGCCUGGAUCCAGGCUCAGGGAGGAUGGGAAGGGCUCCUCUCCUAUUUCGGCACCCCGACCUGGCAGACUAUCACCAUCUUCGCUGCCGGCGUCCUCACAGCCUCACUCACCAUCUGGAAGAUGUCGUAGACUUGGGGAAGGGGGGGCUGCAGCCUACCCCCCCGCCCCCCCAGGACUGGCCCCUGCGGGCAGGGAUGGUGCUGCCUGACCCCCCCUCCGCCCCCUUGGGUGCUGUGCCUUCCAGGAGAGGGGGCGCUUUUUAACAAACUGGACUUUGUUAGGACUUGUUCUAAACUUCAUGAGGCUGAGCUGGGGGGACCCUCCCUCCCCCAGGGCAGCUGUGGCCCCCCAGACCUCCCCCUGACAGUGGGCGAAUGCCCGGGGGCCUCAGCUGGGAUGCUGCUGUGUCACCCUGCUGGAUUUGGGGAGGGGGUGUGUGUGUGUGUGUGUGUGUGUGCGCGCACACAGCUUCACUCUUCUCACCUCCCCCCCCAGUCCCAGUGCUGGGGUCCCCCCGAUGCCCGGGAACGGGUGGUUGUGACCCCCCAGCACAGCCCUGGCCUCGGAGCGGUUUGACCGCAGGACUUGUGGUGCUUUAUGUGGGGUCCUGCGAUCCCAGCCCUGCCUCCCCCACACGGGGGGGGGGGGGGGCGGGGCUCUGUGACCCCCCAAAAUGGGGUUGUUGGGCAUGGGGUGGGGAGGGCUGCGGUCACGGCUGCAGGUCGGGUAUUUAUUGGGGGCGCCCUGCCCUGAGAAAGGCCCCCCCCCAGGUGCAAUACCCCCCUCCCGGGGUGGUGGCCCCCACCCUGGCAGUGGCUCCCAGGGUGGGGGGGGCUGUACCCCCUGUUUACACCCCUUCCUUUGCAAUCACUGUCCCCAAGGAGCUGCCCCAAGGUGGGGGCAGAGUGACCUACCCUACUUGGUGCUUUUGGGGGCAAUGUCAUGAAAUGAUGAUGUCAUGGGGGGGGGAGCCCUGCCUUCCCCCUGGUUUUCUUUUGAUUUUUUUUUUUUUUUCCCCCUUUCUUUUUUUGUACCUUGUUUUGUAUCUUGGGUAUUUUGAUGUUGAAAUAAAGGGGAAACGGAGCCAUGUGGUGCUUCGUGUUGGGC